AUGGACUCCGACGGGCAUGCUGGAAAAAGUCGGUCGGUUCGGCCGGUCGGUCGGUCGGUCGGUCGGUUUGGAAAAGCAGACCACGCCACAAUUUUGCUCCAUGGAAAAUUGAAUUUCAGACUUUUUUUCCCUUUUUCUUUAUUUUUCCUUUCUUUCUAUCAUAUCAGUUUUCUAGGAUAUAGGACACAUGCUCCUCCUUCCGAACUGAACUGUUCCUUAUUUAUCAUUGUUUCCCUAGGAAAUUUUUUAUAUUUUGUUGGUGGUAAUUGUGUUGCUCGCCUUUUUUGUGAGUAUUCUACACAUUAUUUCAUUUUCCGAAGACUUAUGAUUUUAAAUUCUACUCAUUUAGUUAUAUGAAGUUAUUUUGGAUGCAAAAAAUAAAUAAGAAUUUUCAAAAAUUGAAUCAUUUUAUAAUUUUGAAUGUAGUAAUCAUCGUAUUUUGUUAACGAGAACGAUACAGUUGAAUGAAAAUUAGCGAAAACUUUUUCAGUAAAAUUUAAAAAAGGAAGAAAAAUUCAGAAAAGAAAAAAAGUUGGAAAUUCGAAGUGUUCCAUGGAGCAAAACUGCAGCGCCGCCUAGUUUUCCAAGCUCACUAAGAAUAACUGACGAGAUAAACGCGAGUUCGGUGGCGGUACAUUGACGAACUCGCAAACAUCUCGCUUUUUUCUAGGCGCGAUCCCGCAUUUCUCUCGGCGCGACCUCGCAUUUUUCUUGGCGCCAUCUCGCAUUUAUCUCGCAUUUCGGAAAUUUUCAAAUUGCGAGAGAAAUGCGAGCUCGCGCCUAGAAAAAUGCGAGCUCGCGCCCAGAAAAAUGCGAGACCGGCGCGAGAAAAAAAGCGAGAUGUUUGCGAGCUCGUCAAUGUACCGCCAGUGUCUCGCGUUUAUCUCGGCAGUUAUUCUUAGUGCUGACCGACCGACUUUUCCAGCAUGUUAAAAAGCUUUCUCUGUCAUACAGUUUUUUUCCUCUGACGUCUGCGUAUUGACAUCUACGAGGUCAUCACUGUGAUAAGGGCUGUGACUUUUUGGUCUUUCCAAUGGGGAAUAAAAGCUUCCUGGUUUUCUCUGGCGUAACCAAUAAUGCACAGUUCAUUUUUCUUUCCUAAAAUCUAAUAAUCCUUACUCAAGCUGAAAUGAAAGUUUUUAAACUUUAAAUCCACUUUUGUUGUACUUAACUCAUUAAGGUUGUCUUUUUUUGUUCUUUUCUAAUCGCUCGGAAUUUCUCGUUUUUGCUAAUGAGGUCGUUUCAGGUUCAAGCUGCCGUCUCCACGACCAAUUUUCUACCGCAGCGAGUCGGAAAUGAGCCCUGGCGCGGCUCGAACGCUGCGGGACCGUUCUCCACGUCUUUCUGUACGUUUGAAAAUUUUAUUUGAGAUUUAAAACUGAAAUAUGAUCAGUUAAUGUUCCUUUCAAUAUUGAGCUGGUGAGUAGAAACAAAAUAAAGCUGAUUGGUUUUUUUCUUUUGAACGUUUUCCCAGUAUUUUCUGAUGAGAUCCUUCUAUUUCUUCGAUUUUCCAGGUUUUCAGAUGGUUGAAAAUAUUCAAAGAGCGUGAUCUUCUUUUCUGAAAAUAGAAGAAGAAUCAUUUUUCAUAUUUUUCUGGUCAUUUGAAAGAAGUUUUACUUUGUAAGAAGGUUUGAAAAGGGUCAACGAAACUUCAAAUUAUGUCCUUGCUCUUUUUAAACUUAUUAGGUCUGGGAGGCCGUUGGAGAAAUGUUCCUCGAAACUUUCAUUUACUCUUGGGAACUUUUAAUUGUCCAAGACGUCUGCUCCGUUGAAAAUAGUUCAAAAACUCUAUUUCUUUUUUUAUUUUCAAAAAAACUUUUUGAUCGAAAUAUCGUCAAAAAGGCACUUAUUUUUAUUUUUUACCCCCUAAAUACUCGCUUUGUUUAGAAUUCCUACCAGCUUGUGGCAAAUUUUUUAUAAAUGUUCACUUGUCAAGGAUUCUCUCAAUUUCUGCCGGAGAUCCCAAAAGUGAAAUCUUCCAUAUUUGCUGCAUCGGUCGAAAAAACAGCUUCGUUUAUUUCGUGUUUUCACACCAACUCACUCAUAACCCAAUUUUGGCCAUGCCAUCACAACACGCCCAAUUUGGCUCCAGGCUUCAUUGAUAUUUCCUUUUUUUUUCUUUCUACUAUUAUUUUAAUUAUAUGGCACCGUGAAAAUUCCAGAAGCUCAUAAAUUGGGGAAAUAUAGAGAAAACGUGUCAUAUAGUAUCUUUUGCUGUUGCGGAACCUGGUUAAUAGAGUAUCUUAAAGAACGAAUCAAGUUUUUUUUUGUUAUUAUAUUAAACUUUCUUCUAAGUUUUACUCAGUAUUGAAAUUCCAUAGUUUUCGAAGAAAAUCAGUAGUUUCCGUAAUUUUAGAGGUCGUUCUUCAACCUGACUUCUUCGUACGCAAACUAUCCACAGCAUAUUGUUUCUGUCAUUUUUUUUUCACACCCGUCAUUUCUGACCCUUUUCUUGCUGAAGCUGAAAAAUUGACGACGUCAAUUACAGCGGAGAAAAUUACAAUGGCAUAGGAACAACGGCUUCUCAAAUAUUCAUACGGAAUAUGUCGGACGAACCUGCAAUUAUUCCAAUGGUCUUUGCACUAUCCCCAGUUCGAGUUGAAAUUCCGCAUGAGAAUGUAAAUUUGAGGUUUUUCACACACUUUUCUUUCAAAGAAGAGUCGGUCAUUUUUUGUUUUGUGAAGAAAAUGCAAUUGCGAAAUCAAAUUUUAAGGUGGAAAUGGGCCGAAGCCGCGAUUCGGGAUCGCCAUCGUCUCCUAACGCCUUCCAUCGCGUCUCUUUUUCAAGUAAUUUUCAUUUUCUUUUUUUUCAAUUAAAAAAUUUCAAAGAGUGCCAUUUUUAGACUUUUUUCCUCAGUUUUUUUAAGUACAGUUCAUAAUUUUCAUAGACUUGAAGAGAGAAAAAUGUAGUUUCCACCGAUUCUUCCAAUUUAAUCCUUGGUGUUUGGAAGUAUUAUAUUAUUCGAUUGGCAUGAAAAACUGUCUGUCGGUUUUGAGCUAUUCACAGUUUUCUGAAUUUUCCCCUCUUCGUUCAAAUUCGUAUGCCAGUUUAAUUGUUUUUGAUGGACAUGUGUGAAUCUGGCGGUUCUUCACACCAAUAACUGAGAAGAUUGGGAUUUUUGGGAUUCUCGGCAGUCGUUUUGGCAAUUACACGACCCAGAUUCGGUUGACCGUCAAAUACAUUAAGUUUUGACCUAUUUCCUCCUUUUCGACUGAUUUUCUAAACUGUGAUUGCCUCUUUUUUAUGUGGCGCACCGGUCGGGGGAAAAAGAUCAAAAAAGUAUCUUUUAUGGUCCCCAUUCCUCCGUGUUCUUCCCUAUAGAAUUGCCGUAUUUGUUCAACUGUGCUUGGGAAAUUUUGUCCUUUCUGUCCGAUACAAAAGCCUUGACUUCUAUCCUUCACCUGCACCGAUUUAUUAGCUGACAAAAUUUUCUUUUUUCCAGUUUCUUCCUUUUUUCUUUUUUAAAGUAGUUUUUUAUUAUUUUUUCGGCACUGAGACUGUGAUCCUUUUUCGUCAUUUUUUCCUUUUGAGGUGCUGAAACGGACAUCUUGAUUGUAAUUCUAUGAUCUGAAAAUCGACAUUUUUUUAGAAAAUAUUUUCAUAGAUAGUUUUCGUAGACUUUUGAAAAUCGCUAUAUUUUCUCAUUCUCACAGGAAUUAUCGUCAAUUAUUUGUUUCAAAAGCAAUUUCGGAAAAGACUCGAAAUAAAGAAUGUCUUGCACAAGAUGUUCAACUAGAGUCUUAUAUAAACAAGAGACGUUAGAUUGCGGAAGCGAAGGUGUGUUUUCGUCGUGUUGUUCUCUGGAGCAAUAUCUCUUGGGAUCGGACCAAGCUCAUGAGAAGUUUUGUUUUUUUUUCUUCGGUCGCCACAUGGCCUUCCGGAUGAAAUUUUCUCGAGCGGCCACGAGGCAAUCUGACGCACCUGAGCGCCUGCUGUUUUCGGAUCCAUUUUUUGUUGCUUUGGAUCAUCGUCAAUAAAUAGGCCUCCGAUCGCACGGCUGUUGGACCUCUCUCUUUCUCGUCUCCAACAAAUUAGCUAUGCAGAUAUCGCUGUGCUCGGCAGCGAACUGGAAAAAUGAAAACAAAGUUUCUCCGUUGAUGAAAGCGUAGGAUUCAUGCAUAAAGGAAGGCGUCUCCUGUGGUACUCCGUCGCUUCUUGACUUCUGGGCGGACAAAAACACUGAAAGGCCUGCCCUGAAGAACUCAUUGAUCCAAUAAGUUCGGGGCCAGACGCACAAACGUUGCAAAAGAGGCCUCGAAAUUGCGUUUUCAUUUGCGGCCGCCACAGAUUUUCAGCACGACGUCGCUUGCCCCUCAUUCUGAUCUUUUACAUUUUUUUCGCGUCUGAGUGUUUGUCCUUUUCCGGAAGUUCCUUCCUAAAUGGUCAAGAGCAAGCCGAAUUUCUUGAUUUUUUCCCUGAUCACUAGAAAUGAGGUUAAGCUUCUCAAUGAGAGAUACCAAUAGGUCGAUGUUCAUACUCGAUGCCAUCUUUGUCCAUCAACAUGCCGUUUAUCCUCUAGAAAAGUCUCUCUUCUAGCCAAAUGAUGCUCCGACUCUGGAAAUAACGAAAAGCGUCGCCUAAUUCCAAUGAACUCCUUUUUAUCUCUUUUCAUGAGGCCCAGUCUCUUUUUUUAGCAUUCAAAUUGUCAUGCAAAAAUUUCAUGUGGUGGUGAAGCCCAUAUUAACCCCAAAAAUUUAGUUUUUUUUUAGUUUAUUUUUUUCUUCGCACGUGUUUUGCUUUGAGGAUUAGGCUGUGCCUGCCAUCUGUGUCCGAUCUACUGCCAACUUGGACAUUUCAACUUUUUUUUGUUGAUAGAAUCCUGAAAUAGAUUAGCCCUUACUGGCAUUUGUUUUUCAGCGCGUAUUUGAGCUCUUUCAAGUUUACUUUUGAGAGCAAAUCCGAUAAGAAAGCAUCUUGUUAUAUGACAAUAGCUUGAAUUUUGUUUUGAUUGAAUACAAACUGAAAAUUUCGCGUCGGAAGUCAUAAUAUUUUCGCUCUCUCAGAUGAGAAUGGAAGUAUUCUUUGCCGAAGAGAAAAUGUAGAAAAUUCCAAUUCCUGUGUUAUUCAUGCUGAAUUUUCCGUGGAGCUAGCAAAUAUUAUAUAUCUACAGAACGAUCAAAAGCCGAAAAUAAAGGAUUUUUUUUUCGACGUUGGCACUCGUAGAGAAGUGACCUCGUGGUUAAAGAGGCGAUGCAAAAAUGAGAUGGGAAGGAGGAAUAAAUUGUCCAUUUGGGUUGAUUGUUUUGAGUCUGUGCCUUCGAGACAAUCCCCGUUGCAUUUUGACAAAAAAUUUUUUGUUUUUUUUUCUGUUGUCCAUUCCGUUUCUUUAGCUUUUUUGGAAUUCCAUUCAUCCACCUCUUUUUCCCGUCUCCUCCACUUGUAUUUUUGAAGUAUUUCUUUUACUUGCUGCUGAAGACAGGCAGAAUAUCUUGUUUUCACCCAUUUAUUUCCUUUUCGCACUCAUUUCCGGUGUCUUCAAACGUUUUCAAUUACUGUCUCUUUCUCUUAUAAUUGAACAGGAAAUUAUCUUCUUCCAUGGAAAAUGUAGGAUAAUGAAAGUGAGUAAUGAAAUAAAAUGGGUUUUUUGUUAAUUUUAUAUUUUCUAUAUAUGAAAAGUUACACCAGACUUGCUUGAGCUUCUCAUCUUCGAGUCUGAAAAAUCGUAGGAGUAGUAUGAAUAAUAAUUUUCUGGCCAAAAAUUGUUCCUCGUUUACAUUGGAUAGAGCAGGAACAAGAAAAGAUCCAAGGUCAGGCUUUAAAAGGGAAAAACAGAAGGUAAUAGUUAUUUUUUCGCUGAAAAUCUUCAUUUCUAAAAUUUAUGUUUAAACUUUCGAAUGAAUAUUUUUCUUGCUGUUAAUUCUCUAUAUUCAAAGUAUUUUAUUUCAAAGAAGAGAAACGUAUUUUUCUGUCGGUAUCUGAAGUUUAUUUUUUCCUCGCUUAGGAAGAUGAGAAGCCAAAAAGUUUAUUUUCUAAAAUUUGAAGCUUGAAGUUGUCAUUAGCCUAGAUAAGGUCGGCGAUUUCGACGAGUUCAAAAGUUUUUUGUUUAAAUUCAAAUAAUUAUUUGAAAAUGUUUUGAAUUGUCGGAGAAUUAAGCCCAAUUAUAGGGAGAAAGUGUGCUCAUUUUAAUUUUAAAAUGAAAAAUAUUCGCACACCUCUGGUAGGGCUCAAGCCAAGUUUGAAAAACCUUUGACUGAUAAAACCGGUCGUAGAAGUUCUCUUUCCUGCGGUUAUGGUAGGUUGCAGACGCGUGCCCACCGACGCUUGCCUCGCGGCGCAGCGGCAUGUCCGAUGGCCACAUGCAGAGGACCUACCACGAGGCGAUGCGCCAGCGCCGGACCAGCCUUCCUGCCAACAGCUUCUCCGUCAAGCAGCCGGUCCGUUAUUCCUUUUCCCCUUAUCUGAUAGUGACUCAUGCUUCUACUUUCUGAGUAUUCAGGAAUUGAGGAAAUGCAUAGGAUAGUCGCCAAAUCAAGGACAUUUCUUAGAAUGUCGAUGGAACCUCAGUAAGCACAUGAUGUCCCAAAGAAAAUCUGUAAAAAGGGAAAGAAUUUCGAGAAAAUUUUUUUAAUAAAAUAGAAAGAAGACCAUACAAAAACAGAUUUGAAACAUUUUGAAAUAGGAGAAUUGGACGAGACAAGAGACAGUUUUAUGGAGAUAGAUAAUGUCAGAGGCAGGACGACCUGUUAGUGCGCAGGGGUGGAGCUUGACACAGAAUCGGGGAAAAAAGUAGACAUCAAAAAUUUCUCAGUUUUUUCCAAAAUUAUUUGCAAUGAUCUUCCAGUUUACAGAUACUUUUCACCAGCCUGAACAUCGCUGAAAGUAUAUAAUUAUAAACAAACGACCAAGUUCCAUUGUAGUUUGAACUUUCAAUAAUAUUUUCUUUCAGUCAAUUUUAGAGGUUGUUGAAUCUGAGGUGGAGUAGAAAUAAAGAGAGCUCUCAAAUGUCUCUUUUUCUCACACCCAAUGUAUCACUUGGCGUCCUUUUUUGGGUUUUAGUAAGAAAAAUACACGUCACUCUGUUUUGAGAAAUAAAUUAUUACAAAGCUUUCUAGCCAUCUUUAACGACAUAGGGAACCUCAGCAAAGGUCAUCGAAAGUCAUACUUAUAUAGAUUCGAUGAAAACCCUAUAAUUUUCGAAAUUCGAAUUUUUUGUUCUCGAGAAGAUAAUCCGCUAUUCUUUUUAUGUAUGCUUUUAUUUUAAAACGUUCAAUCACUCCAGUUUGUGCCACAGGAAGUAAAUAUAUUUUGAAUCGGAAACCCUUAAAUGAAAAAAGAAACAAAAAAAAGUUAUCGAAAAACUUUUAUCUCAAGAUGCGAAACUUACUAAUAUAGAAAGCAAACAAAACAGCUUCUGAAAAAUUACUUAUUCAAGCUGAUAGCAUUUUUCAAAAUUCUUCUUCUCUUCAAGUGAGUGAAAAAGGAUCAUGGAAAACAUUAAUAAAAGUUUUUCUCAGCUGCAACUUCUAGCUUAGUUUUUAGGAAAAUGACGUUUAGUUGCUACUUUAUCUAUUUUCAAUCCUUUCAAAGAAUAGUUCGGAAGUUCAGACUUUUGGUGUUUUUGAAAUCUCAUCAAAUGAUACGUUGCCCGACAGACACAUGCAAUUUUGAAAAGUGUCCAAAAAAUCGGAAAUGGGAAAGGAGACGCAGAAUCAGCGACAAAAUGUUCUUUGUGGGACGCCCACCGUUUGCACGAUGAUCGCAGCUGUGAUUGAUGGUUUCCGCCGGUUUGUCGGUUUUGGCGUCCCCUUGCGUCUUUGAAGACCAAGACCCAUGGCCCACACCAUCUUUCCCAGCUUCUCCUUUUUAAGUUUCAUACUGCAGUUAUAAACUCCAUUUUUUUUCUAAGCUUUUCAAGCGAAUAUUGACUAAAAGCUUCCGUUUACAGUGUUUUGCUGUUCACCUUGAUCAGAUGGGAUUUGUAUCGUGUUCGAAAUGAAUUUUGUCUUCUUCCCUUGUCGCUCUUCAUGAGAAAGAAGACAAAGAACCAUUUCAAACACGCCGACAAAUCAAUCAAGUCAAGGAGAAUGCAAAGGUUACUGUAUUUGGAUCAGGGCGCUGUUACUGCAAUUUAAAAAAAAAUCUCGAGAAAAAUUGACGCGCAUUUCUUAGAGGAUUAUUUAUAUAUCAGCUUUUCCAGUUUUUUUUUUGCGCUGACUUUCAUGAUAAAAUAACUUAUUAAACUCGCAACGUCGUCAAGACUUCUGUCUAAUAAUUUUCAUAGAAAAAUCUAAAAUUGCAAUGAGAAGUUCGACAAAAAGAUCUUUGGUUGACAAACAGCGACCAGAGAUUUGUAGUGUUUUUUUCUUCUUCCUAUUCAAAUACAAAAAAAUUUCGUUUUUUUCAGCAUAAAUGUCAGAAAAAUUUAAUCUCAGACAUUAAUAAGCUUUGUAGAAGCCAAAGAAGCUUUCAAAAAUAUUGCUCUGUACGCUCCAAAAUUUUAAUUUAAAGUGUAAAUUUUCUGACGAGAAGCAGAAAGAACUGAAGAAGAACGUUCAGGUGUCGGCUUCGAGUGUGAGCGAAGCGCGUGGGCUGAUAGCCGACAUGCUGGUCAACCGCGACCUCCCCAGCAACGUCGCCACUUGUCUCAGAGCUGUCGCGUCUCUUCUCGACCAGAAGGUUCUGCAGAUUUCUUUUUUUCAAUCAUUCACGAGUCAAAAAUGAAGCUGAAUUUGUAUGCAUGAAGGAAAAAAUAGAGUUUGAUAGACAGUUUGAGCAUCGGCCAUUCACUCCUUUUUCAAAAUAACAUCAGCACAGAUAAUAGUGUAAUGCAUGAGCUUAUAGUCGGGUUUACAGCCUUCUUUAGAACUCGAAACUUUCUAUAAUGCUUAACGGAGCCUUCGAGCGCAAGUAGAUUUAGGUCGGAAGUUUCUGAAAUGAACUGUCUGAUCGACCAGUUUUGACUAAAUUUCUAUAGGAUAGACAUCAUUAUCGUGAAAAUAGUGUGUUUUUCAACCCCCGGCCAAGUUCCAAUCACAUUCAAAGUACAUUCUUUUCGUCAGAAAAACGUUAUUGCCACCUAUGAGCCUAUAUAAUCUCUAUGAAGCUCGAGAUAAGAUUAAAGAGAAACUGGCUGACACAACAACUAAUCCGAGUCAUUCGAUUGGCCUUUUUUACAAAACCAAAUGUCUGGCCGUUUGCGAAAUCCGCCUCCGACUCCGCUUUUUUGGCUUCUGGUUCAGAACGUAUUCUUUGAUUCAAGAUUUGUUUAAGGUUUCAUUGAUAACAGGCUGAAUUGUCUAAUUUUGUGGACUUAUCAAAAGUCCGAGAACACCUCGGAGAAAUCAAAUGAUGUAGUUCAGUCGAAAAGAUUUGAAAGAUUUUGGUCGCAUCGCUGCCAUAGCUUUAUGUAGCGGUUGCGAAAAGGCUUUUGAUUUUAGAGUCAAAUUAGCGCCACGACUUGGGAAAUUUUCGCCUGCACUUUUUAUAGUACUAUUGUUAUCAUUUUCUCAAUAAAUUCUUUCUGAUUAACCGUAUUGAUUUUUGUUACAUUAGUAAUGACUUUUCUGCACUUUUCGCAAAACAGAAAAAAAAAACAACUCUUUAGUUAGAAAGAAAAAUAGUGAAGUAGUACUUUUCUCCCAAAUCGUGGCGUUUGUUUGAAUUCGGUAAACCCGCCAUAAACUAUAAUUAUGGCUGUGACUGAAGUUGCAAUGAGAAGUUUUUGCGUUGCUUUUUUCUGUUUUUUGAAAAAUAGGAAAAAAAAAUCGAAAAUUUACGAAAAUCAUACGGAAUCGAGUUUUUGACAAUUUCUCCGAUGUUCCACAAGUUUGAUGAAUUUUUUGGAUUACAGCCGCUGCCGAUGCACGGCCUCAACGACUUCGGACUUCCCUGUGUCGUCGAAGAUCCUUACAGUGGCGAGCAACUCGUUGUUUCUGGAGUCAGUUUCCUCUUCUUCAUUUUUUUUUCAUCUCAAUCACAUUAUUCGUUAAAUAUUGAAAUUUAGAGUCAAUUGAGAAAAAUGGGAAGAACAUUGAGACCUUACAAAGUUUUUCCUAUCUCAAUAACUCUACAACUUUUGCAAUUUCAAAAGUUGAAUAGGGAUAAUGGAGGUUCGAUUUUCGUGAUAUCUUUCCAUGGAUUCUGCUUGUCUUUGUGUCUAUUUUACUGCUCGAAGACUUCAGCAGACGGCAAUGAAGUCAAUUAUUUUCUCGAGACUUCACUUUUUCCUGAAUAACACAGAUAUCGAUCUAAACACGCCGUUUGUGAACCAACUGAGGAUUAAGUCCGCGAAAUCACAGUGGACAUGUGUAUAAGCAUGUUAUCAGGAGUGUGAGAGGCGUUCCCGUCAAAUGUACGAGGCUCGAGAUUUGUCUGCCCGGCAAAUCUGGAAGGAAAGCUCUCUUUUUCUCGUCGCUCUAAUCUCCUUGUCGACUUUGAAGUUUCCCUCGUUUAUAGCCGAAGAAAAAAAAACCUUGUCUAUUGCGAUUCCUAUUCAUUUAUAGCGUAUUCAGACUGAUGUUGCAGAAAAAACGCGAAUUUGCGCGUCAGAUAUCCUUGGUGGCGGUUGCUGAUUUUUUUUCUAAAUCUUUUCUAAUUUUGCUUUUGAAAUUGAAAAUUUAUAUAUUAAGUUGUUAAUUUUUCUCUAUCAAAGACAAAAGUUGGAGGUUUCAUAAAUUUAAGAAUCAUCGACCAAGCUCCUUGAAGUUCUGACGCGCGAAAUAGUGUUCCUAUCCUCUCAAGCCAUUUGUACUUCAUUUUCUUCCCGAAUGAUCUCACGCCGCCAUUUUUUUGUUGAAAAUGACAGGAAACGAUAAAUUGACUCUAUAAAUUUAAAUAGCUUAUUAAAAUACGAGCCACGUGCGGAAAGAAAUUGUCAUUUCGUUUUGGAAGUAAAUUUGAAUGCGUUAAUUAGAGGCCCUUCAUUCCACUAUAAUUUGUGCUCUUUGAGCACCAUUUUUUCUCAGAAGAUGAAGCCCCCCAAUCACUGACGAAUCAUCUUUUCAGCUUAUUUCUCACGUAUCUCAGAGUUGGCGUCAAAGUUGGAAUAACUUUUCGGAUUAUUAUUCACCUGUUGAGAAGCUUGGCAGAGAAGUACAUGAACAAUUUUUUUUCUCCCGAGCAGGUGCAUUUUUGAUCAGUCUGAUAGUUCAACUAGAGUGCGCUGUAGGGAUCAAGAUUUCCAAAUUGAACUAAUAAAUCAACCACUCAAAGAAAAGUUUAGCGAGUAAGUAGGAAAUCGUUGUUAUUAUUAUUAAGUAGCUUGCCCAGCACUUUUUGGCUGAAAGCAAAGAAAUUUUACACCAGCAAGUUUCUCUCUAAUUUUUUUCUGAAAACAAGCAAAAUACCUCUGACGUGAUUAAUAUUGCAAAGCCAAGGAUUCCUUUGUAUUUUUUUGCUUGUUCGUUCAAAACAAAGGCGUAUGCAUUUCGAACAGCCGCGGAGAAGCGGAAAAACUUUCCUGAGUUUUUUUGCUCCGAAAGCCGCAAAACUGGCCAUCGCCAACGUGUGAUUUCGAGCUGCAGGUGCCUGUUUUAUUUGUUUGGACUUUUUAGAUUUAUCGCAAUUUUUCAAGUGUUUUCAGACUUUCAUAUUCUUCUCAUUUCGUGCGACCUAUGGAUUCUUUUAGACGCAUUAUUUAUAAUCAAAAUUCUGCUGCUGUUCUUACAUUACCUUGUGGGAACUUCGUAACAUUUUCCCUUCAUCAUCGCAUUUCCCAAUAUUAGUUCUUUUUUUGGUUAAUUUUUUUUCGUAUAAUGAGAAUGAUGUGUAUGGAAAUCGUUUUCUACAUCAAAUCGGAAAUCUUGUUCUACAACAUUUUAUUUUUUUCACUGAAAAAAGUUAAAGAAACGCCCUUUUUUUCAAACAUAGCCUGAACCCAAACGGCGCAAAACAAUUCUAACAAUUCCUAAUUUAUUGUUAAUUUAUUAUUAAACAACAGUUCAUUUUGUGGUUAGGUUAAUUAACUUCCUAAGAACGAGGUAUUGAAAACAUUUAUAAAACAAGUUCGAGACUUCGAAGUUCGUCGCUGACCGAAGGCAAUUGAAAAGAUCUUUAUCAAAAAAAUUCUUUCAAAAUUAGCCAGAAAAAGCAAAAAAAUAAUACUGAUUAUCGUUCAAAGAAAGAUUUUUUUCUGUGGAAAUAAAGCUAAGGUUGAAAAAGAAGCAUUUGGCUGGCUGCCAGUUUAACGCCUCAGAUUGUUUUGAACGCCGCAAUGAGUAUUCUUUUUCAGUGUGGGUCAGUCUCUUUCGUCAAAAAAAAAAGAAAAAUUUUGGAACUAGUAACUUUUGCUCAAGUCCGUUUCAGCUUCAACUAUCUUUCAUGGAUAACCCCAAACUCCCUUCUUCCCCUCUGUUCGGUCUCUGCCAUAACAGCUUCACCCCAACUCUUUGUUCGCUUUUACCUUCGUUUGCCGGUUUUCCUUUCUAAUUGUGAAGAAGUCAGCCAGAGGCCCGUGGUCGAUGCCGAGCAUUCCACGGAGCUCGAGCGACCACGUUGGCGCGACGGCGAUCGCCGCACAGCUGCCGCCGUCGCAGCCGCGAACGCCUGGCUCGCGAGGCUCCCGCGACAUGUCGCACCGAGGUUCUUCGGCACGAACGUCGACGUCGUCGAUGCGCGAGAUGCACCUCGUCGGGCAGUGUGCCAACUGCAGUCUUGACUUCCGCUGCACGUGCUGCUACCGCUGCUCCCACUUGUCCCUCGUCUAUCUUCCGGUUUGUUUCCAUUUCUUCUUCUUUUUCUUCAUUUCGAAGAAUAAAUUCUCCUUCACUUUUUUUUCUUCUCAAAGUUUUUUGAAUCGUACACCUAACAAAAAAAAAAUGAAAAACUUUGCUCCUCAUUUUGAAUUCAGUUGUUCCAAAUCAACGUGAUGGAGCUCAGUUGAGUUUUUAGGAUCCAUCGGAAUUUCGGAUUUUAUGUAGAAGGUGUUUUUGGCAGUUUUUUUUUACUACGUCUCAGUUAAAAAGUUUUUUCUCACCUGAUUUGAUGCACGUGACCAAUGUUCCCAUGUACGACUUCUUGGAACAGACUCGUCCCUCCUUUUUUUUAGUUUUUGUUUUUGCAAAGAAACUCUGUUUUUGCCACUUAAAUUUUUACAAAGCGUUUUUUUUUUUUGAUGGUCGACCUCAACGAAGCAACGUUGACUGACCUUCAUUACGUGCCCUUUUUGAACAUAAACAAAUUUUAAUUUUAUUGGCAACUACUAGAAACCGAUUUUGGUGUUUUUUUCUACCAAUAUUAUUUAGUGUAUUGCCAAGCAUUGCUGAAUUUGAGAAGAAAUGCCAAAAGAGAGCAGAUUUCGUUUGUUGACGUUUUCUAAUGAGAUUUUGGACAACGACGUCAAAAACCUUGUCUGAGAUGUUUCUCCCGCUCUGGCCUUUUGAAGUAUUUCUUUGAUUCUGCAGAAUUCGUGCAAUACACCCAAUUUAAACUGAGACUCGAAGCAAUUUUCUGGAAAGGUUAGUUCUGACAUUAUUCAACUCGCUUAAAAAUCUGAAAGAUCUGAGAAAAUGACUGUUAAACCCUAAAACCGCGAAGUCAUAAGAUAUGAAAGCGAGUGUUCUUUUUUUUUGAGCUAUCGAUAUUUUGAUUAAAAAUUUCUUUUUUGGUUCAUUUUCUCAUUCGCCACUUGCUAAAUCUACAUUAGUUUUCAAAAAUCAAAGAAUUCGUGAAUAAUCGUCCAUCGCCAUGUUUUUGAAUAAAUGUGCCUGCAGGCAAGAAUGCUCAAGACUUCACCCCGAGAAUCUUCGUCUUUUGAUCAUGGCCAAGCCGGAAAUAGAAUUUUUUCGCUUGGACAAAGCUUGGCGAUUGGAUGUUCAGAAAACUUCUCGAUCUUUACAAGGGGAACGUUGAGUUCUCAGUUUCUGCUCCUUCCUUCGUCAACCUAGAAGCGAGUCACGCCCACAUUCUUGUCCGCGCCCUCUCGCACUUCAUUUGA